AUGACGACGAGGAGCGUCGGCGUCAAGGUCGCCGCGACCGCCGGGCUCCUCGUCCUGCUCGCGUCCGCGCGCCGCCUCUCCGCGCCCUCGAUGGGGCUCAGCGCGCGCGUCCACGACGACAGCGGACGACGGCGGAGCGCGUCCGCGUCCUCAAACGCGCAUCUGGACGCCUCCUCCUCCUCCUCCGCCGCCUACGUCGCGUCGUCCUCGGCCGCGCCGGGCGGGGGCACGCGCACGUCGUUCUCGACGCGCGGGACCGCGCUGUCGAACCGCGACGUGAUAUCCCUCUGGCGCGGCGCGGCUCCCUCCGCCGAGACGUUCCGCGAGACGUUCCUGAGCUCGCUGCGCGCGUCGCCGCACGACGCGUUCUACUGGGAGACGCCGCCGCUGACGCGACGCGCGCUCGAGCGCGAGUACGAGCACGUCGUGACGCGCGCGCCGUCGCUCGUCGGCGCGAGCCCGGAGCCGGAGACGUUCGCGGAGCACCUCGCGAGCGCGGAGGCGGAGGCGAGAGGGGGCGUCGCGGUGUAUCGAAAUCUUGGCGGCGACGCGACGCUCGUCGCGCCGACGCCGUGGAGCGACCCGCCGUCGCGCUCCCCGGGCGCGCACCUCGCGGCGUUCGUCCGCGCCGCGCCCGCCGCGCGCGCGCACGCGCUCCUCGUCGCGCUCGGGGAGACGCUCGACGCGCGCCUCGGGGUCGGGGACGGGGUCGGGGGGGUCGACGACGCGGACGACGACGACGACGACCCGGUGUGGGUGUCCACGAACGGCGGCGGCGUGGCGUGGACGCACGUGCGGUUGGACGCGGCGCCGAAGUAUUACGUCCACGCGCCGUAUCGAGAGAGACCGCGGUGA